UAAAAUAAACAAAAGCAGAUUGUUUAUUUAUUAAAUACGUUUGCUUAUCAGUGCCGUGCAAUGGUUGAUAUUGAGGAGAUAUGGUUAAAACUAUCAAAACAUUUCCCGGUGCUAUCUGGAACUUUUUAUAGAACGGAAACUGAGGAUGAUUCCUUUGAAAAUGUGUGUGAAGAUGUGGCUUAUCUUGGCCUAGGGGAAAUCCUAUGCGAAAUAUUAUGCUUCGAGUUGCAAUCUUCAAUUCGAGAUAAAAUUGUACCAUUGUUUUGGUCACAUUUUCCACAACGGGUUGGACCUGCCGAAAAUGACGAUGAUUACCGAUUUCAGUUGUUUCAUCGAUUCGUCGGUGCAGUUGAAAAUUUGAGAAAGAGUUUCAGCUGUUUGGAGUUGUUUUCGGUGCGUUUGAGAAGUUUGUGUCCACAGGCAAAUCUUAAGACGAUUAAUUUGAAACAAAUUUUACUGGAAACAUUACUGGGACAAAUACCAACUGAAUUCAAUGAAGUAGUUUUUGCUUUUUACCAGGUGUCAUUUCAAAUUUAUAUUCAACUGCACACCAAACAAAAUGUUGCAUCCUCUGAUGCUGAUAUAAUGCUAAAACAACUAGAAUAUUGCGUUUGCAACUGUAAAUUAAAUAUGUGUCAGUGCGAAAGUUUAGAUAUGACAAUAGACAAAACAAACAAGGCAUUACAGGAAAUGGAGCUCUUGGAUGGUAUCGCGGGACAAAGUUUGACAACCUUGGUACAGAAAUGCAUACAAGAUCAUAUUAAGGUGACUUGUCAUGGGAUCUUUGACAAGAGUUUUCUGAUGCAACUUGAGACUUGGUUGGACGAAACUGUAAUCAACUGGUUGAAGAAGAUUUUCAGUUACACCUGCACAAACUCGGAGGCUAAAGACACAAAUACCAUCAAUAUUAUAAAGGGAUUCAAAGUUAAGCUAACAUAUUUUUUGUACGAAAAUGUGGCACUAAGCAUUAUUGAGCAGUUUUUUAGUAUUAUUAUCGAUUUUCCUGAAUCUAUUCCCGCAAUAGAUGAUUUAAAAAUUUGCAUGGAAAAAAUAGACAUGAGAAAGCAUUUCAUUCAAACACUUACUAACACUCUAAAAGUGCGAGUACUGCAUCCCGGCGUAAAUACAAUGGACAUUUUAACAGGCUACAUCGCAGCUAUCAAGGCAAUAAGAUAUCUUGAUAACAGUGGAAUUAUAUUGGAAACUGUCACGGCUCCGAUCAGAGACUAUCUUCGCAAACGCAGUGAUACAGUGCGUCGAGUAGUAACAGGACUUACGGAAGAAGGUCCUACUGACUUAACGGAGGAAUUAGCUAAAGGCGAAGCUCUAAAAGAAAAUGAAAAACUUGAUGUCAACGAGGAACUAAGCAAUUGGGAAAACUGGUUACCAGACUCUUAUGGAAUCGACCAGACGGCCCGUAUUCAGCUUACCAAUAUGAAUCGUUCAGCAGAUAUAAUAUCUAUGGUAGUUGAUAUAUAUGGAAGUAAGGAAUUAUUCAUGAACGAAUAUCGUAAUUUAAUGGCAGAUCGUUUGCUUACUUAUUUGGACUUUAAUGCCGAUAAGGAAAUCCGAAAUUUGGAGUUACUUAAACUUAGAUUUGGAGAUUCCUUACUUCACAGUUGUGAAGUUAUGUUGAAAGACCUCACGGAUUCAAAAAGAAUUAAUUCGCAUAUUUCAAGUGACUCUAAAUAUAAUGAAAAUAAAAUGUUCGAUAUAUCAGCUUUUAUAAUAUCAGCACAAUUUUGGCCAUCAUUCAAUAAGGAAAGUUUGGAGCUACCUGAAGAAAUCGCCAAUGAGUUCGAAAAAUAUACCAAAGUUUAUGAAGCAUACAAAGGAAAUAGAACUUUAAAUUGGCGAACAGUAACAGGUCGAGUUAAUAUUGUAAUUGAAAUAGGAGAACGAACUAUUGAAAUGACAGUAGCCCCGACACAGGCAAUCAUACUUUAUCACUUUCAGUACAAAGAUGAAUGGUCGUUGGAGGAUCUCAGCCAAAUAACAAAAGUUCCAUCUACUAUUUUACGCCGGAGAAUUGGGUUUUGGAUAACACAUGGCAUAAUAGGCGAAAUACGGCCGGGUAUAUUUAGACUUCUGGAGGACGACGGAAAGAAGUCACAAUUCGACCACAAGCAACUAAAUCAAGUGCUGGUGGGCGAGGAGGAUGUCGAAUCGGCUAUGGCUUCCGCAAGCGAUCAAAGAGAAGAAGAACUUCAGGUGUUUUGGUCAUACAUAGUAGGAAUGCUGACAAAUUUGGACUCAUUACCACUUGAUCGCAUCCACCAGAUGUUAAAGUUAUUUGCUUCGCACGGCGUCGGAAUAGAAUUCACACAGGACGAACUCAAAAAUUUUCUUCAACGUAAAGUGCAUGAACAUAAGCUAAUAUACUCUGGAGGUGUUUAUCAGUUAUAUAAAUAAGAAAUUUAGAAAUCAUAUACAAAACGGCUAACAGUAUACAAAUUCUUUUAUAAGUGUUGUGCUUUUUCUCGCGGAUUCGUGUAAAUCUAUUAAUGUAGCUCGAACUUUAUAUUGGUCAUCAGAGAAUUUGGGGAAGCAAUUUUGAAAAUUGAACUACUUUUUCAAACCAAAAUAACAUUUGAGGA